UUUUGAAGUAAUAAUUAAAAAUAUGGGACAUUUCUUUAAUGUGAUACACUCAUACGGGUUCGAGAUAAGCCUUUCUGUGGUGACAAUUGUGUUCUUCUGCAUUUUUCCACUUUUGAGAAUGAUUGCUAAUGAAUUUGAAGGACCGCAGACUCUGCUCUAUAGCAUCCUAUAUUACUAUCAAGCUGUCAGUUCUAUUGGAGUUGUGAUUUAUGCUGCAGAGAACAUUAAGUUUGACGAACUGACUGAAAGGCACAGGCAACAAAACGGAGAGGUUAAGUGUAACCCUCUAUUGUUUCUCUACUCAUUGAUCUUCUUUAUCGGACACCAUAAUAUUGCCUUAGUAAAAGUUAUCAAGUAAGUCUCUUGAAGAUAUUGAUGAAUUAUUAUACUCAAAACAGUUAAUAUGGCUGUCCAGAGUUAUAUCUUGUACUUCUCCGGCUGUUUAGAGAAUGUCCAUUGCGUUAUCAAUAUGGGCAUUAUUGCCGAACUGAGUGUCUAUCAUGCCCAGAAACCUCUUGAUAAACAGCACUUGGCGGAUAACCUUGUCUUCUUUUUUACUUUCAAGUAAGUUGACUGACUCAUUGUUCUUAAAGUCGAUUAUGAUCUUGAAAUGGAUUGUGUUUGUAUGCACAUUGUCAUGGCCCCUCUUCUCGAUUCGAAUAUCAGAAAUAU